AACAGAAAAAAUUAUCAUGUGCCUUUAAAAAAAUAAGUCUACUCAAUAAAAAAAUAAGUCUACUCAAUAAAAAAAAUUGACAAACUAUAAUGUUUUUUAAAUAAAAAUGAGUGCUCAAUCAAACCCCAUAAGUGACAGAAACUAUUUUUCCGUAUAAUUGAAAACAUCUUCUUAGAAAAUACAUUUAAGUAACUAGAUACUGAAAAAUGACUUCAUCAAGAAAACAUUUCCCUCAAUACUAAUGCCCUAAAAGGAAAAGAAAAGAAAAUUACAAGUAUAUCCUUGUCUUGACUCAAGAAAGAAAAUAAAAAGAAAAAUAGGUCAAUAAAAAUUAUUUGUAUGGUGAACCCUCAACAUACUCAUUAGCCAAUAGAGGAUAUUAUAUAAGUAGCCUCUAUGGGGAAAUUCACACCAUACACUAGAGCGUCAAUUAAUUAAUCUACCAAAAGCGUUAAGUGUUUCACUAAUAAAUUCGGCCUUUAUACAAUAUUUUUUUAGUUUCUUGUUUCUCCUUUUUGUUAUGUCUAAAGAAGAAAACCCUCGAACAAAUACUGAAGAAAGAUACAAUCCAAUGGCUGCACCUUUUUAUGGGAUGAUAGAAGAAGUUCGUGUGAUGCUUGUCGAUCAUAACAAAGAGUUUGUCAAUGAGAUGGUUGAUUUGCUAAAGUCCUACAGCUAUGAAGUAACAACGGUCGAUAGAGCCUCAGUAGCCAGGUCAAUGCUCUCCAAAGGAAAGGAAAGAAUCGAUGUGAUAAUAAUCAAUGCUAAUUCACCCGUUUCCUUUAAGCUUUUGGCACAAGCUGCAGCUUUGGAUAUCAUUUCACUCUUUGUAUGUGAUGAACACAAUGCACUCGAAGCAAUGAAUGCUUUGGAUGGUGGGGCUUAUCUUUACCUGACAAAGCCACUUCAUGAGCAAAUUGUGAAAUAUUUGUGGCAAUUUGUACUAAGGAAAAAAAUACAGAGAGAGAAAGCGAGAGAAGGAUUAGAAAAAAACGAAGAGAAGAAUAUGCCUAUUAAUCUUGAGGAAGAGAGAAAUAACAUUCGUGAGACUGAAAACGAUGUCGUAUCAAAUGAAAAAGACAAGCUGAGGAGAAAGACAGGUAGAAAAAGCACAAUAGAGAUUAAUGAAGGAGACAACCAAAGCAGUGCUAAUAAGGCUGUUAGGCGGAAGGUCUGCACAGAAUGGACUGCUGAUCUUCAUGCAAAAUUCAUAGAAGCUGUGCAUCACCUUGGUGAAGGAAAAUGUUUCCCACAAGAUAUUCUUGAAGCAAUGAAUGUGCCUGGUCUUGAAAGAAUGCAAGUUGCAAGCCAUCUUCAGAAAUGUCGUACAAACAAUUGGAGAGUCCCGAAAGAGCAAAAAUCUAUUCAUCACCCAACAGGUCAAGAAUCCUCAAGUGGUUCUCGACAAAGAAGUAGCUAUAGAAAAUUUGGGACAAUGCCUCAUCUUCAAACAAAUGUUCCAAAUCCGCAACAACAGCAAUGCAACCAAGACCAAACCCAAAGAAGCUCGGAGUUUCCAUUUGCACCAAUUAACACCCAUAACAUUUUUAUUGGGGGAGAGAGUUCAACUCAACAAGAGCUCUAUCACCCAAGACUUCAGGUUCAAUCCCACCACCUUAGCAUUGAUAACCCAUUAAAUAACUCUUUUUAUUUUACCCAAGAUAAUUCUCCGGGUGGGCUACAACAACAACAUGGAUCAUUUUCUGGAAUGUUGAGAUCACAAGGACUACAAGACCCAAUUAUUGGUGGCACUAAUUAUAGGCCUGGGCUAGCGUUUAGCAGUGGGUAUCAUCAUAACCAAAAUGCCUACAAUUUGGAUCUCAAUGCGGCCCAUGUAACAACAUAUUCAGGCAGCACAAUAAUGUCUGACAUAGACAUUGGAAAUGCGACAAUUAAUGAAUUAGGAACAUUAAAUGCUAAUUUUCAGCAAUAUAUUGGUGAACCAAACAUGUCUGAUCCAAGCAAUAUUGUCGCAGCGUCACAUGUGAGUGAUAAUCAAGGAAGUGAUUCAAAUGAGAGGGAAAGUUAUAAUGCAUAUUUGGAUUUCAAUAAUAUGAAUUAUCUCUUCCAGAAUUUUGGACCUGCAAGUGCUAACCUACCUAAUGAACAUGGCGGUGUGUUCAAUCAAGUUUACUCUGAUGAUCAGGUGACACCGACACCGAGUGUUCAGUUUCCAGGAAUAAGAAAUUUGUUAGACGAAUCGUCAACAAGAUGAUCCAAUUCUAUUGGAUACUAUCAAUGACAACUCUCAUAAUCACUCUUUGUAGUGAUAGAGUUAUUUUUUCAAGUGGAAAUUUCUAUCUUUCAUUUUUCUGGAGACUAUUUUGUUUCGUAUGAUUUGGAUUGCUGGAUAGCUGGAACUAAUGGCAUUUUGGUUUUGUUUUUUACAUUUGGAACUUAUGGUCAGUAUUUAAUUAUAGGCUUUCGUUAUUUUCUUGACUUGAAAUUAGCGCUUUGUUUACUAUCAUAUUAAUCAUCUUGGCAUUACAAAGCUUAUGGUUGACUGAUUAUAUAA